AUGUGGCUCAAGACUCUUUCCUUGGCCUCGCUUGGCCUCCUUUGCCUCCAAGCGACCGCGGCAGACACCAAUGCGCCCAUUGUCUGGGACAACGAUGACUCCGUGUGGCAGGUUCAGCUCCUGCAGAAGGACAAUACCACCGUCCAGGGCCACCUCAAGGCAUCUCCGGGGCCUGAUAAUGUCGGCAUCACUAUCCAUGCUAAGUUCUGGGGUAUUCCCACGGACCAACAGCCCCUAUUAUACCAUAUUCACAAGAAGCCGGUGCCCGAGGACGGCAACUGCUACAGUGCCAGCAGCCACCUGGACCCGUAUGGCCGCACCGAUACCCCUCCCUGCGACAUCAAGGCACCUCAGACCUGCGAGGUCGGCGACCUCAGUGGAAAGCAUGGCCCUAUCUGGGCGGCUCCUGGGGAGUCCGUCGCAGUCGCGUACACCGACUGGUUCUUGUCUAACGUUGAGGAUACACCUGCGUUCUUCGGUAAUCUGUCCGUGGUGGUGCAUGCGUCCGAUAACACCCGGUUGACAUGUGGAAACUUCGAAAAGGCCGACUGA